AUGCAGCGCACGCGGCGGGCCGCCGCAGAGCAGCCUGGCGCUGAUGCCGGCACGCCUGGCAUUGGGGAGGGCGCCCCGGGGCCGAACACGGGGCUGCUCAUGCCCCGCGGCCGCGGUGCGGGCCGGGGCCGCGGCGGAGGAGCGCAGCACGGGCAGCGGCAGGGGCUAGAAGAGGAAGCAAGCCAUGUUGGGCCCCAGGGACAGCAGCAGCAGCAGCAGGAGCAGCUACAUAAUGAGGGUGAGGCAGGGGGCGUAGCAUCGGGCGGCGAGGAGGAAGAGGACGAGGAAGAGGGCGAGGAGGGCGAGGAGGAGGAGGAGUCACCAGGUGGUGAUGACGACGGGGACGACGACGAGUAUGAGUCAGAAGAGGAUGACGACGAAGAGGAUGACGAGGAAUACGAGGCAGCCGCAAAAGCGCGCCCCGCCAGGCCGCGGGUUGCUGCGCCGCCCGGCGCCGCGCGUGGCAGCAGGGGCGGCCGAUCCGGCGGCGCCUCGGAAGGGGCUGGCGGCAGGGGCGGCGGCCGGAAGCGCGUGCGCAAGUGGACGCCCGCCGAGCAUGCCAAGCUGGCUCAGCUGGUGGAGCAGUUUGGGCCGGACAACCGGAGCUGGCAGCGCAUCGCUGCGCUCAUCCCAGGGCGCAACGGCAAGCAGUGCAGGGAGCGGUGGCUCAACCACCUCAGGACCGACAUCAAGCGCGGCGGCUGGACCACCACAGAGGAGCUGGUCCUCUGCCAGUGGCACUCCAUCCUGGGGCCCCAGUGGUCCAAGAUCAGCAAGAAGCUGGCAGGCCGCACGGAAAACGCCACUAAGAACCGGUGGAACGGCGUGUGGCGCAGCAAGGCUACCAGCUCCACGAGGCGGCGCAACACAGCCCUUACUGCGUACAUCUCCCGCCUGCGCGCCGGCAUAGACCCCGCGGCUGCGUUUGUGGAGGUCUACCAGAUCUACACGCCGCAGCAGCAGCAACAGCUGCAGCAGCAGGGGGCGGCCGGCGUGCAGCCGCCGGGCAGCGGCACGGGGCCGGUGCUGCCGCAGGCGUUUGGGGGGCCUCAACAACAGCAGCGGCAACAGCAGCAGCAGCAGCAGCAGCAGGAGCGGCAGCAGCAGCAGCAGCAGCAGCACUCGCACCCACUGUGGUCAGCCCACGCUGCCGCGCAGCUGGAGCUCGGUUUGGGGUUGGGUCAGCAUGCCCCCACUGGUGCGGGGCUGCCCGACGCGGCACAUCAGCAGCAGCAGCAGCAGCAGCAGCAGCAGUACCACCAACAACUCCAGCUGCAAGUGCAGCUGCAGCAGCAGCUGCAGGCGCUCGCACCGCAGCCCGCGGUGGUGGCAGGUUCCCAGCAGCUGCUAGAGCUGCUGCAGCCGCCACCGCCGGCGCUGGCGCGGCCGCAGCUUGCGCAGCCGCACGCGCCCAUGGAUUUCGAAUUAGGGCCGGCUGCGCUGGCGGCGGUCAUCGCCCCGCCGCCGCGGCCGCAGGCGCAGCCCCCCUUGCUCGGGGAGAUGCAGAGCGCGCCGGCGCCGCUGCCGGCGCUGCGCCCGCACGCGCCGCCGCAGCCGGGCCCGGGCCAGCAGCUCGCGCCGCCGCCGCAGCCGCAGCCGUGGCACGGGCAAAGGGGGGGCGCGCACGUGGCGCGGACGCCGACCGGCGGGGCGUCUGCGCAGUGGAUGGCUCAGCUGAUGCAGGAUUUGGAGGAGGGCGAUGAGGGGGAGGGCGGCCUGGGGCUGGGCUCGUGA